AUGCAUUGCAGUAGCAUCUCUGGAAACAAUGUUAUUGUAUUCCAUCUUUCACCAAAACCCUACAAAUUUCAGCCUUCUGGUUUCAUUUCUGUCAAUACCCUGCUCCAAAACCCGAGCUUUGUCGUAAAAAGUUCAUCAACUAAAUCAUGCAAAUCGAGAACGAAAGCCUGCGUUAGUACAAUAGCACUGGAUCAGAGUACAGAUAAUUUUUAUGAACUGUUGGGUAUACCAGAGAGUGGAAGUUUAUCUGAUAUCAAGAAAGCUUACAAGCAGUUGGCCAGGAAAUAUCAUCCUGAUGUUUCUCCGCCAGAUAGAGCAGAGGAGUAUACGCAGAGAUUUAUUCUUGUUCAAGAGGCUUACGAGACUUUAGCUGAUCCACAAACAAGAGCUUUAUAUGAUAAUGAUAUGACUAAGGGUCUACAGUUUUCAUUCUCCGCAAGAAGAAGAGUUGAUUAUCAUGAGACAACAGAUGAGAGAAAAGAAUGGAAGAACAAAUGGAUGUCUCAACUAUCAGAGCUGAAACAUAUGAGAAUGAAGAAUAAUGAUACAAGAGAGUCAUGGGGAUCUCGAAUGCGUAGACAGCAUAGUGAAUAA